AGUGGUUACUGAGAUUUGAAACGAAAUUGUGUUUGUAAAUUAAAAGUGUUUCGAGCGCUUUCGCAAAACAGCUGCUUAAAAAGCAAUGAAAAUUAUGUCUUAUAAAAUCGAAGCACUGCCCAACGCAGGCACCUUGAUUGGUGAAGGUCCUCACUGGGAUGUUGAAACACAAAGUCUUUACUUUGUCGACAUUGAUGUUGGCAGAUUACUACGUUAUGACUACAAAGAGAACAAAACCUACAGUGCCGUGCUAGAGGGUGAACAAUAUGCCUCUUUCAUUGUACCGGUCGAAGGUGAGAGUGGUAAAUUCGUAGUAGGCGCGGGUCGUCGUGUAGUUGUCGUCGCUUGGGAUGGUGUAUCACCAAAAGCCAAGGUUGUGCGUGUUGUGCGCGAAGUGCAACCAGAUUUGGCUUUGAAUCGUUUAAAUGAUGGUAAAGCCGAUCCACGUGGUCGUCUUGUGGCUGGUACCAUGUACAAUGAUCCAAAGGAUAUGUUUUCGAAACGUGAGGGUGAAUUGUAUAGCUUCGAGAAAGGUAAGCCCGCAGCGUUAAUCAAGUCUGACGUUGGCAUCUCGAAUGGUUUGACAUGGGACGAGAAGGCGAAGAAAUUCUACUUUAUCGAUUCACUGGACUACAAUGUCAAGGCGUACGAUUAUAAUUUGGACACUGGCGUGGCAAGUAACCCAAAAGUUAUCUUUACACCCGGUACGUAUUUCCCCGAUGGCAUGACAAUUGAUAGUGAUGGCAAUAUUUAUGUUUGUACUUUCACCGGUGCCACGGUGUUUAAGGUGAAACCAAGCACCGGCGAGGUUUUAUUGGAAAUCAAAAUGCCCUGCAAACAAAUCACUUCCGUUGCUUUUGGUGGCCCAAAUUUGGAUAUCUUGUACGUAACGACCUCCAAACUGAAUGAUCAGCCACCACCAGCUGGUAACACCUACAAGGUGACCGGUUUGGGCGUGAAAGGUUUGCCGAUGACAAAAGUACAAUUGUAAGAGCCGCGAUAAUCACACGCGCUUAUUGUUAUCUCGCCGGAAAAGUUUUUGAUAUAUUUUUGAUUAAGUUUGAUACGAAAUAAAUAAACAAAUAAUUAAUGAAAGAAGUAA